AGAGGUCGAGUUGUGCCAUUUGGACAAUCCUUGCGCGCGGCUUCCCUUGCGAGCCGCGAUGGUAAAGACGAGCCAGGUGGCCAAGCGCAAGGUCAAGAAGACGGUGACCAAGGCAUGGUACGAGAGCUAUGCGGGGGGCAAGGCGGAUUACUACCAGCGGUACAUGGACAAGGAGUGGGGCGUGCCGAUCUUCGGCCGCGGCCGCAGCCGGGACAACAAGCUCUUCGAGAUGCUGACCCUGGAAGGCGCUCAGGCGGGUCUCAGCUGGGACACCAUCCUGCGGAAGCGCCAGGCCUACCGCGAGGCCUUUGACAACUUCGAUAUCGCCAAAGUGGCUGCCUACUCACCCAAGAAGGUGAACGCUUUGCUGAAAAGCCCUGGCGAGGGCAGCGCGGUCAUUGUGAAGAACCGGGCGAAGAUCGCUAGCACGCUGCACAAUGCCAAGCUUUGUCAAGCUGCGGCAGAGGAGCAUGGCUCCUUCUGUAAGUUCCUAUGGUCCUUUGUGGGUGGCCGGCCCAAAGUGAACCGAUGGAAGAACGCAAAGUCCAUUCCAGUGGUGACGCCGGAGGCGCAGCUCAUGAGCCGCGAGCUGAAGAAGCGCGGCUUCGGCUUCGUUGGGCCCACCAUCUGCUACGCGCUGAUGCAGUCUGUUGGCAUGGUGAACGACCACCCUGUGACUACGCCGCAGUGGCGGCGUGUCAACGACCUUGUCAAGCGGCAGAUCCAAGUGCUUGGCAUCUCUGGAGAAGCUCUGCUGGAGGUGGCGCUGCCGAUCCACGCACGUGAGAUUCUCAAGCAGCUGAAUGGCAGCUGCUUCGACCGCCUCUUGCGCGGGCCUGUUACGGUAGAAGGCGAGAUCAACGAAGGCGAGGCGCUGACCUAUGUGAAGGUGGACAUGGGGGUGCUGUCGGGUCUGGCAGAGGAGAUGGUGGACGUGCUGAUGGACUUUGGGGCCAUCCAGGACUCCCCUCCUGGCUUCAACAAGCAGCGCUGCCUUUCCGUGGCCAAAUCCGACGGCACCCACUUCUGCGGAGGGGGCUUUGGCGGUGAGGAGCAGAUCCACCACGUGAUGCUGCUGCCGGAUGGCCGGAUUUUGGCCAAGUAUCAUUCUUCAAGCGACUACAUGGAGAGGAGCGGGAGCUACAGCGGCUCCUGGCAUUGGCAGAUUGCCGAAGGCAGCUUCCGGCCAGACCCCGCAGAGCCUGGUGUCUUGGAAGUGCAGUGGACGGGUUGGGCGGAGCUCGUGCACCGCAGCACCGAGGCCUUUGGGCCAGGCAGCAUCACGGGCAAGUGGGAGGCUAAACUCAUCGACGAAGAGCGGAAAAGAGGACCCUCCGUCCUGGUGCCGACCAGCAUGGGGCGCUUGAGUGUACCAGAGCUUUGCCAGAAAUGGGCCAAGGAGGGUGAAGGAGGUCUGGCCUGCGCCCGCACCAAGUCAGUUCGCCUCAAGAAGUCCGAGAUCAUGCCGAAUCUCAGCGAGGAGGCGCUGAAAGCCUGCGGAAUGGAGCCCGCGCAUCUACCCUUCUGGUGCCCGGACUCUGCGAGUACCACCGCGAAGUCCCACCUACUGGAGUGA